AUGCAAAAAGACUCUGGGUUCACGAAAAAUCGAAACAUUUGUGACAUCCGAAAUUUCAAUCCAGAAGAUAUAACCACAGUUUACAAACACCCAGAUGUCAUUCAUGUUUGCGAAUAUAUCAAAGACAAACUGUAUUUUGCAACGUUAAACAAUGGUCGAAAAGAUGUAAAAAGUACUUCGAGUAUUAGUUUUUUCAGCAUCGAUCACGAGCUAAUUUAUAAUAACUUUUACAACGAUUUUGGUCCCUUGAACAUUGCCUGUUUGUACAGAUACUGCUGUAAGGUGAACAAAAAGCUCGAAAGUUCGGUAAACCAACAUAGACAAAUCGUGCAUUACACCUCGCAACGAGAUCAGAAGAGAACAAAUGCCGCUUACCUAAUCACAUCCUACGCCUUGUUGUACUUAAAUAAAACCCCCAAAGAGGCUUACAACAGCCUCUUCACGGGGGGUGAUGUUCCUCUAAAACCAUUUCGAGAUGCUUCUAUGGGGCCCGCCAUUUACAACAUUCAUUUAUUAGAUUGUCUGAACGCGCUCCAGAAAGCAGCCUCGUUUGGAUUUUUCAAUUUUAAUGACUUCGAUGUAAACGAAUACGAGAAAUACGAGGAUAUAAGAAACGGUGAUUUAAGUUGGAUAGUACCGCAAAAGUUUCUUGCUUUUGUUGGGCCAAGCACAGAACCAGGCACCCCUUAUCAUCCACCCGAAUGUUACAUUGAUUAUUUUUUAAAGAACGGAGUGAUUGCAGUGGUCAGAUUGAAUAAGAAGUCUUAUGAUGCAUCCAGGUUCACCGAGGCGGGAAUAAAACAUUACGAUAUGUUUAUGCCGGACGGUACGGUUCCCCCUAGAAGAAUUCUCAACGAAUUCCUUCAGCUCAGUGAAAAUACUACAGGACCAAUAGCGAUUCAUUGCAAAGCUGGGUUAGGAAGAACAGGUUCGCUAAUUGCCGCGUAUUUGAUAAAGCAUUACAAAAUGUCCGCUAGAGAGGCUAUCGCUUGGACGAGAAUUUGUAGACCCGGUUCCGUGAUUGGACACCAACAAUCAUGGUUGGAAAAUAUGGAGAAAAAUUUAUUGAAUACUGGCCAACAGUACAAGUAA